GUGGAGCUGUAGCUGGUUCGUCUGCUGCGACUCUUCAGGGCAAUACUCACCCUCUCCUCAUAAGGAACAUCUGGAUACUGAUCAGACACGACCAGAGCACUGAGAGAUAUCGGAUAUUGAUGUAACUGGAGUGAAUAAGGGAACAUUCUUCCUGAGCACAGACAUAGGAGCCUGUUAUCAGCAUGAACUCAUAUGUGUUAGACAAACACAUGAAUAGUUCAUAUCCAUCCUUCACUACAGGAAGCAUCAUAAUGAUACCACAGACUCCAACAGUUUUAGACACUAAUGACUAUUCACAGACAUUGGGGAAAUCACAACAGAUAUUUAAAGGAGAAUGUGAAUUGGCAGGAACUGGCCAGCAAUCAUUAUGUACAGAGAGUAAUUUAGUCAUCAAACAAGAGGACAAGAAUUAUGCCUUAUCAAGUGAAAUAAUUAUCCCUGAUGAUAAGCCACACACAUUUACUGAGUAUUCAAAAAAAAUUAAAGAAGAGAAAAGUCUACAGUCUAGCCAAAUAAUUCAUACAAAGGAGAGACCUUUCAAAUCUACAGAAUGUGAGAAAAGCUUUAGAUAUAAGUCUCAUCUCCUAGAACACCACAAAAUUCACACAGGUAAGAAGCCACACACAUGUACUGAGUGCGGCAAAUGUUUUAUACAAAUAAGUAGUCUGAAAACUCAUGAAAGGAUUCACACAGGAGAAAAGCCUUUCACAUGUACAGAGUGUGGAAAAAGUUUUACACAAAAGAGUAAUCUGAAAACUCAUGAAAGGAUUCACAUGGGAGAAAAGCCUUUCACAUGUACAGAGUGCGGAAAAAGUUUUACACUAAUGAUUAAUCUGACAAAUCAUGAAAGGAGUCACACAGGAGAAAAGCCUUUCACAUGUACAGAGUGUGGAAAAAGUUUUACACAAAUAAGUAGUCUGAAAACUCACAAAAGGAUUCACACAGGAGAAAAGCCAUUCACAUGUACAGAGUGUGGAAAAAGUUUUACACAAAUAGAUCAUCUGAAAAGUCAUGAAAGGAUUCACAUGGUAGAAAAGCCUUUCACAUGUACAGAGUGCGGAAAAAGUUUUACACAAAUGAUUAAUCUGACAAAUCAUGAAAGGAUUCACACAGGAGUAAAGCCAUUCACAUGUACAGAGUGUGGAAAAAGUUUUACAGAAAAUAGUAGUCUGAGAAUACAUGAAAGGAGUCACACAGGAGAAAAGCCUUUCACAUGUACAGAGUGUGGAAAAAGUUUUACACAAAUAAGUAGUCUGAAAACUCACGAAAGGAGUCACACAGGAGAAAAGCCUUUCACAUGUACAGAGUGUGGAAAAAGUUUUACACGAAUAAGUAGUCUGAAAACUCACGAAAGGAGUCACACAGGAGAAAAGCCUUUCACAUGUACAGAGUGUGGAAAAAGUUUUACAGAAAAUAGUAGUCUGAGAAAACAUGAAAGGAGUCACACAGGAGAAAAACCAUAUGGCUGUACAGAGUGUGGAAAAAGUUUUACACGAAUGUAUCAUCUGAAAACUCAUGAAAGCAUUCACACAGGAGAAAAGACUUUCACAUGUACAGAGUGUGGAAAAAGUUUUACAGAAAAGAGUCAUCUAAAAACUCAUGAAAGGAUUCACACAGGAGAAAAGCCUUUCACAUGUACAGAGUGUGGAAAACGUUUUACAGGAAAGAGUAAUCUGAAAACUCAUGAAAGGAUUCACACAGGAGAAAAGCCUUUCACAUGUACAGAGUGUGGAAAAAGUUUUACAGAAAAGAGUCAUCUGAAAAGUCAUGAAAGGAUUCACACAGGAGAAAAGCCUUUCACAUGUACAGAGUGUGGAAAAAGUUUUACAGAAAAGAGUCAUCUGAAAAGUCAUAAAAGGAUUCACACAGGGGAAAAGCCAUUCACAUGUACAGAGUGUGGAAAAAGUUUUACAGAAAAGAGUAGUCUGAAUAAACAUGAAAGGAUUCACACAGGGGAAAAGCCUUUCACAUGUACAGAGUGUGGAAAACGUUUUACAGAAGAUAGUAGUCUGAGAAAACAUGAACGGAGUCACACAGGAGAAAAGCCAUUCACAUGUACAGAGUGUGGAAAAAGUUUUGCACAAAUGGAUAGUCUGAAAAUUCAUGAAAGGAUUCACACAGGAGAAAAGCCAUUCACAUGUACAGAGUGUGGAAAAAGUUUUACAGAAAAUAGUAGUCUGAGAAAUCAUGAACGGAGUCACACAGGAGAAAAGUCUUUCACAUGUACAGAGUGUGGAAAAAGUUUUGCACAAAUGAAUAGUCUGAAAAUUCAUGAAAGGAUUCACACAGGAGAAAAGCCUUUCACAUGUACAGAGUGUGGAAAAAGUUUUGCUCGAAUGAGUGAUCUUAAAAAUCAUGAAAGGAUUCACACAGGAGAAAAGCCUUUCACAUGUACAGAGUGUGGAAAAAGUUUUACAGAAAAGAGUCAUCUGAAAAGUCAUGAAAGGAUUCACACAGGAGAAAAGCCUUUCACAUGUACAGAGUGUGGAAAAAGUUUCACAGGAAAGAGUAACUUGAAAAGUCAUGAAAGGAUUCACACAGGAGAAAAGCCUUUCACAUGUACAGAGUGUGGAAAAAGUUUUACAGAAAAGAGUAGUCUGAAUAAACAUGAAAGGAUUCACACAGGAGAAAAGCCUUUCACAUGUACAGAGUGUGGAAAAAGUUUUACAGAAAAGAGUGAUUUGAAUAAACAUGAAAGGAUUCACAAAGGAAGAAACCUUUCACAUGUUUAGAAAGUGGAUUUUUUUUUUAUUGAAAUCCGGUAUCACAAAACAUCAAAUAUUUACACACAAAUAAAUUUUACAAACUCUAAAUAGAAGCAUCAAAAAGGAUGUUAUUGUAAAUAAUACUUUCUCUUGUAAGGUGUAUCCAGUCCACGGAUCAUCCAUUACUUGUGGGAUAUUCUCCUUCCCAACAGGAAGUUGCAAGAGGACACCCACAGCAGAGCUGCUAUAUAGCUCCUCCCCUAACUGCCAUAUCCAGUCAUUCUCUUGCAACUCUCAACAAAGAUGGAGGUAGUAAGAGGAGAGUGGUAAAAUAUAGUUAGUUUUUUCUUCAAUCAAAAGUUUAUUUUCAAAUAGUACCGGAGUUGUACUAUUUUAUCUCAGGCAGUAUUCAGAAGAAGAAUCUGCCUGCGUUUUCUAUGAUCUUAGCAGCUUGUAACUAAGAUCCACUGCUGUUCUCACAUAUGUCUGAGGAGUGAGGUAACUUUAGAGGGAGAAUGGCGUGCAGGUUAUCCUGCUAUUGAGGUAUGUGCAGUUUUAAGUUUUUCUAGGGACUAGAAAAUGCUGCUGGUACCUGAUUAAUGUAAGUUAAGCCUAAAAACAGUGAUUUAAUAGCGACUUGUAUCAGGCUUACUACCAGAGAUAUAUACUCUGAUAAUAUGGCAAUAUAAAACGUUUGCUGGCAUGUUUAAUCAUUUUUAUAUAUGCUUUGGUGAUAAAACUUAUUGGGGCCUAGUUUUUUCCACAUGGUUGGCUUGAUUUUUGCCUAGAAACAGUUUCCUGAGGCUUUCCACUGUUGUAGUAUGAGUGGGAGGGGCCUAUUUUAGCGCUUUUUUGCGCAGUUAAAUUUACAGACAAAGACAUUCAGCUUCCCUCAGCAGUCCCCUGCAUGCUAUAGAACAUCUCUGAAGGGCUCUAAAGGCUUCAAAAGUCGUUUAUUGAGGAAGGUAGGGCCACAGCUGAGCUGUGGCAGUUGUUGUGACUGUUUAAAAAACGUUUAUUUCGUUUUUUUGAUCCGUUUUUUGCAUUAAGGGGUUAAUCAUCCAUUUGCAAGUGGGUGCAAUGCUCUGCAACCUAUUACAUACACUGUAAAAAAAAAUUUGAUUUACUGCCUUUUUUCACUGUUUUUCAAAUUUUGACAAUUUGUUUCUCUUAAAGGCACAGUACCGUUUCUUAUAAUUGCUUGUUAACUUGAUUUAAAGUGUUUUCCAAGCUUGCUAGUCUCAUUGCUAGUCUGUACAAAAAAUGUCUGACAUAGAGGAAACUCCUUGUUCAUUAUGUUUAAAAGCCAUGGUGGAACCCCAUAUGAGAAUGUGUACUAAAUGUAUUGAUUUCACUUUAAACAAUAAAGAUCAGCUUUUGUCUUUAAAAAAUUUAUGACCAGAGGAUUCUGACGAGGGGGAAGUUAUGCCGACUAACUCUCCCCACGUGUCAGACCCUUUGACUCCCGCUCAAGGGACUCACGCUCAAAUGGCGCCAAGUACAUCAAGGACGCCCAUAGCGAUUACUUUACAAGUCAUGGCGGCAGUCAUGGAUAAUACACUGUCAGCGGUAUUAGCCAGACUACCUGAAUUUAGAGGAAAGCGUGAUAGCUCUGGUGUUAGGCGUAAUACAGAGCAUACAGACGCUUUAAGAGCCAUGUCUGAUACUGCCUCACAAUAUGCAGAAGCUGAGGAAGGAGAGCUUCAGUCUGUGGGUGAUAUCUCUGACUCAGGGAAACCUGAUUCUGAUAUUUCUACUUUUAAAUUUAAGCUUGAGAACCUCCGUGUUUUGCUUAGGGAGGUUUUAGCUGCUCUGAAUGACUGUCACACAAUUGCAGUGCCAGAGAAAUUGUGUAGACUGGAUAAAUACUUUGCAGUGCCGGUGUGUACUGAGGUUUUUCCAAUACCUAAAAGGUUUACAGAAAUUAUUAAUAAAGAGUGGGAUAGACCCGGUGUGUCGUUUUCCCCCCUCCUAUUUUUAGAAAAAUGUUUCCCAUAGACGCCACCACACGGGACUUAUGGCAGACGGUCCCUAAGGUGGAGGGAGCAGUUUCUACUUUAGCAAAGCGUACUACUAUCCCUGUCGAGGACAGUUGUGCUUUUUCAGAUCCUAUGGAUAAAAAAUUAGAGGGUUACCUUAAGAAAAUGUUUAUUCAACAAGAUUUUAUCCUGCAGCCCCUUGCAUGCAUUGCUCCUGUCACUGCUGCUGCGGCGUUCUUGUUUGAGUCUCUGGAAGAGGCUUUACAGACAACGACUCCAUUGGAGGACAUACUUAACAAGCUUAGAGCACUUAAGCUAGCUAAUUCUUUUGUUUCUGAUGCCAUUGUUCAUUUGACUAAACUAACGGCUAAGAAUUCUGGAUUUGCCAUCCAGGCGCGGAGGGCGCUAUGGCUCAAAUCUUGGUCAGCUGACGUGACUUCAAAGUCUAAACUACUUAACAUUCCCUUCAAGGGGCAGACCCUAUUCGGUCCUGGUUUGAAGGAAAUUAUUGCUGACAUUACUGGAGGUAAAGGUCAUGCCCUUCCUCAGGACAGGUCCAAAUCAAGGGCCAAACAGUCUAAUUUUCGUGCCUUUCGAAACUUCAAGGCAAGUGCAGCAUCAACUUCCUCUGCUACAAAACAAGAGGGAACUUUUGCUCAGUCCAAGACGGCCUGGAAACCUAACCAGUCCUGGAACAAAGGCAAGCAGGUCAAAAAGCCUGCUGCUGCCUCUAAGACAGCAUGAAGGAAUGGCCCCCUAUCCGGUAACGGAUCUAGUAGGGGGCAGACUUUCUCUCUUUGCCCAGGCGUGGGCAAGAGAUGUUCAGGAUCCCUGGGCGUUGGAGAUUAUAUCUCAAGGGUAUCUUCUGGACUUCAAGGCUUCUCCUCCACAAGGGAGAUUUCACCUUUCACGAUUAUCUGUCAACCAGAUAAAGAAAGAGGCAUUCUUACACUGUGUGCAAGUCCUCCUAGUUAUGGGAGUGAUCCAUCCAGUUCCAAAAGAGGAACAAGGACAGGGUUUUUACUCAAAUCUGUGGUUCCCAAAAAAGAGGGAACCUUCAGACCAAUCUUGGAUCUAAAGAUCUUAAACAAAUUCCUCAGAGUUCCAUCAUUCAAAAUGGAAACUAUUCGGACCAUCCUACCUAUGAUCCAGGAGGGUCAAUAUAUGACUACGGUGGAUCUAAAGGAUGCUUACCUUCACAUUCCGAUACACAAAGAUCAUCAUCGGUUCCUAAGGUUUGCCUUUCUGGACAGGCAUUACCAGUUUGUGGCUCUUCCCUUCGGGUUAGCUACAGCCCCAAGAAUUUUUACAAAGGUUCUGGGGUCGCUUCUGGCGGUCCUAAGGCCACGGGGCAUAGCAGUGGCCCCUUAUCUAGAUGACAUCCUGAUACAGGCGUCAUUUUCUAAGUCGUCAGACUUUUCAUCCGGGGGAGUGGGAACUCCAUACGGAGGUGUUUGCUCAAUUGAUUCAUCGUUGGGGCAAACCAGAACUGGAUCUCAUGGCGUCUCGCCAGAACGCCAAGCUUCCUUAUUACGGAUCCAUGUCCAGGGACCCAGAAGCGACGCUGAUAGAUGCUCUAGCAGCGCCUUGGUCUUUCAACCUGGCUUACGUGUUUCCACCGUUUCCUCUGCUCCCUCGACUGAUUGCCAAAAUCAAGCAUGAGAGAGCAUCAGUGACUUUGAUAGUGCCUGCGUGGCCACGCAGGACCUGGUAUGCAGACCUAGUGGACAUGUCAUCCUUUCCACCUUGGACUCUGACUUUGAGACGAGACCUUCUACUUCAAGGUCCUUUCAAUCAUCCAAAUCUAAUUUCUCUGAGACUGACUGCAUGUAGAUUGAACGCUUGAUUUUAUCAAAGCGUGGCUUCUCCGAGUCUGUCAUUGAUACCUUAAUACAGGCACGAAAGCCUGUUACCAGGAAAAUUUACCAUAAGAUAUGGCGUAAAUAUCUUUAUUGGUGUGAAUCCAAGAGUUACUCAUGGAGUAAGGUUAGGAUUCCCAGGAUAUUGUCUUUUCUCCAAGAGGGUUUGGAGAAAGGAUUAUCAGCUAGUUCUUUGAAGGGACAGAUCUCUGCACUGUGUAUUCUUUUGCACAAGCGUCUGGCGGAUGUUCCAGACGUUCAGGCGUUUUGUCAGGCGUUGGUUAGAAUCAAGCCUGUGUUUAAACCUGUUGCUCCCCCAUGGAUCUUAAAUUUGGUUCUUAAAGUUCUUCAAGGGGUUCCGUUUGAACCUCUUCAUUCCAUAGAUAUCAAAUCCUGGGUUUUUGCCUAAGGUGGUAUCUACUAAGAAUAUCAAUCAAGAGAUUGUUGUUCCAUCAUUGUGUCCUAAUCCUUCUUCAAAGAAGGAACGUCUUUUACAUAAUCUGGACGUGGUUCGUGCUUUAAAGUUUUACUUACAAGCUACUAAAGAUUUUCGUCAAACAUCUGCUUUGUUUGUUGUUUACUCUGGACAGAGGAGAGGUCAAAAGGCUUCGGCAACCUCUCCUUUGUGGCUAAGAAGCUUAAUCCGCUUAGCCUAUGAGACUGCUGGACAGCAGCCUCCUGAAAGGAUUACAGCUCAUUCUAUUAGAGCUGUGGCUUCCACUUGGGCCUUUAAAAAUGAGGCUUCUGUUAAACAGAUUUGCAAGGCAGCGACUUGGUCUUCGCUUCAUACUUUUUCCAAAUUCUACAAAUUUGAUACUUUUGCUUCUUCGGAGGCUAUUUUUGGGAGAAAGGUUUUACAGGCAGUGGUACCUUCCGUUUAAGUAUCUGCCUUGUCCCUCCCUUCAUCCGUGUACUUUAGCUUUUUUAGCUUUGGUAUUGGUACCCCACAAGUAAUGGAUGAUCCGUGGACUGGAUACACCUUACAAGAGAAAACACAAUUUAUGCUUACCUGAUAAAUUUAUUUCUCUUGUGGUGUAUCCAGUCCACGGCCCGCCCUGUCAUUUUAAGGCAGGUCAAAAUUUUAGAUUAAACUACAUUAAACUACAGUCACCACUGCACCCUAUGGUUUCUCCUUUCUUGGCUUGUUUCGGUCGAAUGGCAGUUAGGGGAGGAGCUAUAUAGCAGCUCUGCUGUGGGUGUCCUCUUGCAACUUCCUGUUGGGAAUGAGAAUAUCCCACACGUAAUGGAUGAUCCGUGGACUGGAUACACCACAAGAGAAAUACAUUUAUCAGGUAAGCAUAAAUUGUGUUUUCUAAAUACCAGUUAUAAAAGUCCCAGAUUGGAAGUGCUCUCCUGGUGUCCUUUGUUCCUCUAUAUAUGUGCUCCUAAGCUUCGCUCAUGUCAAUGUGAUAGAAUCCAAUAACACCACACAGGAAUAUACAAAUCUGUCCUCAUACUGACCAGUUUACACAACCAUUCACCACCAAAGUUCCCCCUAGUGUUGUUUAUUAAUAUGCCAGUGUUAGGAGUUGUACGUUUGAUUUACAUAGGGGAGGAAAUAAUUAUAUUUACAGAAUAAAGGAGUCUUUAUAGACUUAGAAAUUAUAUAAAUAGAACAUCAGUCUCAAUUGAUUGACAUCUGGGAGAUAUAUUUAAUGUGCACAUCAUGUGGAUAAACCUUUUCUUAUAGCAAUAGAUGCUUAGCAUUGUACAUGUUAUAUACCAGAGGAAUUACUGAGGGGAAACUGAUUUUAUUUAAUGAGACACAAUAUCAGUAACAUACGUGAUCAUAAUCAGUUUAAUUUAAAUGGCUACUAUAACUAAAGGGAAACAUUAUAUAUCUGAUAAAUCCCUUUGUAUCAAGAGCACAAGUGUACCAUUGUGUGCAUAUAUCAUGUAAUGCUCCUUUUGACUAUAUAAUGAUGUAAUGGUUUUUCCUGCAAAUAAAAAGUGAUUGUAAUCCA